AUGGUCAACCAAAUAGAAGUGGGUGCCGGUGUAGGAUGUAAAUUCAAUUCGUCUACAGUGCCUAGUGAUAGCUGUGAAGAAACAAACGAUGGAGUUAUGGAGAGCAUGCCACAAGGAAGACCCUGUGAGGACAUAUCAAAUCCAUCGAAACUGAAUGGACAAGAUCACAAAAUUGCCCCGUCAUCCGGCCCUGCUAAAAUUUUGAUAUCAAAUCUGGACGAUCACAUAUCCGGAUUAGAUAUCCAAGAGCUGUUCUCAGCAUUUGGCAAAACCACAAGUGUAGUUAUGUGUUACAGUAACGGUAGAUCCACAGGAACUGCUGAGGUAGUGUAUGAAAGAGAAGCCGACGCAUUAAAAGCAUGUAGUGAAUAUAAUGGAAAAGCAUUAGAUGGAAGAACCAUGCAUAUACAACUUGCAACUAUAAAAGAAACAAGUGAAGGCAGCUACUACUGUGGAGGCAGUGAACCGGCUAUGACAGAAAGAUCAACCAGUACCACCAAAUUAACCGUGACAAAUCUGAAUGUCCAAGUCUCCGAUUCUAACGUGCAAGAACUGUUCUCCAUAUUCGACAGUUUUGUUAGUUCAGGGAUAAUUUAUGAUGAUAGUGGAAGAUCCACGUGUACGGCCGAAGUUAUUUUUGAUAGGCAAAUCGAUGCGUUAAAAGCAUACGACGCAUUCCACGGGAAAACAUUGGCAGGAAAGACGAUGUUCCUAACAUAUACUGCCCCUGAAAUUCCCAACUUCGGUGUUGGUGAAAGCGGAGGCUAUCAAUGCGGCGGCUACGAUGUUCACCAAACUUCUCAAGUUACGUGGCGCAGUCGACGUUGGUGGAAUAGUUGGCAGCUUUGA